UAAGCCUCCACCUUUGAACCUCCAUUCAUAAGUCAUAACCACAUUCCACCUCCCUUCACAACAUCUAUCAAAACUCCCCUCCAAAAAUAAAAAGCUUAAUUUCAUCAUCAUCAUCAUCAUCAAAUUAAAUCUGAUUAAAAGUUUCCAAAAUGGGAAAUAGCUUAAGGUGUUGUUUGGCAUGUGUACUACCAUGUGGUGCACUAGACUUGAUCCGUAUAGUUCAUCUAAACGGGUACGUAGAAGAGAUCACAAGAGUGGUAACAGCCGGGGAAAUUCUAGAUGCUUAUCCAAACCAUGUUUUAAGUAAACCUUGUUCUCAAGGUAAUAAUAUGGUUAGGAAAAUCAUGAUUUUAUCUCCUGAUUCCGAGCUUAAGCGUGGUAGUAUCUACUUCUUGAUCCCUGAUUCUUCAUUGCCUUCCAAAAAGUCUAAGAAGAAUAAGAUCAACGCUCCAAAAUCAAUUCAUCAUGAUCAACUUAUUGUUCAUGAUCAUAAACUUAUUAGUAAGUCCAAGAGUAUUGUUCAUGAUCAUAAACUUAUUAGUAAGUCCAAGAGUAUUACUACUCAAGUUAAUCAUGAUAUUCAUGAUGCUAAAGUUUUAAGUUUAGAUUUAUCAAAAUUGGAAGAUAAUCAAGAAAAUAGUAAUAUCAAUAAUAAUGUGUUAGUUUGUGAAGCAAAAUUACUCAACUCUAAAUCUAAAUCUGGGAAGCAUCAAAGGAGAAGAAGCAGCAGGGGUAAAAGUGGUAUUUGGCAACCUCAUUUGGAGAUUAUUACUGAAGAUUUCUGAUUUUUUUUCCCUUUUUUUUUUUACAUUUUUAUUCUCCUUUUAUAUCUUGGAUAUUUGCAAUUAUAUUCAAAUUGCAAAGCCUUUUUUUCAUUUGUCCAAUUUUUUAAGGCGUUAAAAGGAGUUAAUUUAUUGUGGAUACAUUUUAGUUUAAUUUUUCUCCGAGUGCUUUGUAAUAUUAGCAAUUUCGGGUUUUAUUGUAAUUCUUAAACAGAGCUCAAAAUUAAUAUUUGGAGUAGACCAGCCAAAGUUGAAAUUCAGAUUUUAUUUAUCGUUUUUUCCGGUAAUUUCCUUUUC